AUGAAUUCACGUCAAGUUAUGAGUUUUGAUAUUCCUACCGUCGCCGAAAUCCAGCUCGCUGCUGAGAGGGGCCAACGCAUCACACAGGAGGAUGUUUCGGCCAUCUCGCAGGCCGAAAGCGCGCUGACUGGACGAGGACCUUCUCGGGGCGGACCGGCUGCUGCAGCGGAUGUGCCCGCAUACAUCACCAAGGAUGAUGCCCGGGAUGCACAACAUGCCGAGGCUACUGUCUAUGGCGGUCAGAAUCCUCGGGGAGGAAUGGCAGCUCAGAUGCAGAGUGCAGCGGACAAGAUCGACAAUGCCCGACGAGGCAAUUAUGGCAGCUAUUAA